UAUUGAAACUGUAGAGCUUCGACUUAGGAUAGGAAGGAGUUUUGUUUUCAUUGCCAGGUUAUGUUCAUAGAAGGUUAAAGAAGCAACACAUUUUUAAAAAUUUAGCCUAUUUCUAGUAUAUACCAAAAUUUAUGUGAUUAUCGUUAUGAAUUGCAUAUGCAUGUCUACAGGUCUAACAUUAAUGGCUAAAAGUAACUUAUAGAUACAGUGUUAUUCUGAGGUGUUAGAGAAAGUGAGGUGCCUUCCUUCCCACAGGCAAUUGACACCAAUACUGCAGUACAGAUCUCCCUCAAUACUCUUGAAACAGAAUAUCCAGCUGGAGAGGAGAGGAUGGAUGAUGGUAAUUUUACCAAAGAUGGAGAAAGUGGAGAGAAAACAGAAUGGGUGGGGAACAGUGCAGAAACAAUCCAACAAGGAGAAGUGACAUUAGUGAAGGAAGAAAUUCGUGAAAAUUGUGAAGUUGAACAACCAAUUGAACAAGAACUUGUGACAGUGAAGAGAGAAGAACUAUGGGAAGAAAGAGAAGCAUUUGUCCAUGCAUUUGAAGAAGUGAUAGUGAAAGAAGAAUAUUCUAUAGAGGAUGAAGAAAGUGACUAUAAAGAGGCAGAAAGACAGGGAGAUGACAACAGUGCAAGGGCAAAGGAAGAGAAUGCUGUCAUUGGAGAAGAAGGAAAAUCACAUGAUUCAAUACGAGAUGAAAAUCUUGAAACUUCUAAAGAAGAUGUGAGUGUAAAAGAAGAUUAUGAUAAUGAAUUACUAUCCCAUCAAGAGUUGAUAAUAAAAGAUGAAGAAUUUGACAAUAUUUGGGACAUAGGAGAAGAAGAAAACGUAGAAGAUGAAGUGGAAGAGGAAGAAGAAAUACGAGAAGGAGAAGAUUAUGAUAAUGAUGAUGAUGAAUUUAAUGAUCCAGUGCUAGAAGAGCACAAUGAUGUCUGCAGGGAUGGGCCUUUCUUAUGUUCAGUUUGCAAUAAAGAAUUUUCCCGUAAUGUACAUUUGAAGAUACAUUUUCGAUCCCAUACUGGAGAAAAACCUUAUAAGUGUUCAAUCUGUCAUAAAGAGUUUGCUUAUAAGUCAAAUUUGACUAUACAUGAGAGAACCCAUUCAGGUGAAAGGCCCUAUAAAUGUUCAAUCUGCCAUAAAGGGUUUAUUAAGAAGGCAAUCUUGAAUGACCAUGAGAGAACCCAUUCAGGUGAAAAGCCCUAUAAAUGCUCAGUCUGCAAUAAAGUAUUCUCUCAAAAGGGACAUUUGAAUGUACAUGAAAGAAGCCAUUUGGGAGAAAAACGCUAUAAGUGUUCAAUCUGUCACAAAGAGUUUGCUUAUAAGUCAAAUUUGACUAUACAUGAGAGAACCCAUUCAGGUGAAAGACCCUAUAAAUGUUCAAUCUGCCAUAAAGGGUUUAUUAAGAAGGCAAUAUUGAAUGACCAUGAGAGAACCCAUUCAGGUGAAAGACCCUUUAAAUGUUCCAUCUGCCAUAAAGGGUUUAUGAGGAAGGCAAUCUUGAAUGACCAUGAGAGAACCCAUUCAGGCGAAAAGCCCUAUAAAUGCUCAGUCUGCAAUAAAGUAUUCUCUCAAAAGGGACAUUUGAAUGUACAUGAAAGAAGCCAUUUGGGAGAAAAACGCUAUAAGUGUUCAAUCUGCCAUAAAGAGUUUGCUCAUAAGUCAUAUUUGAUUAUACAUGAGAGAACCCAUUCAGGUGAAAGACCCUAUAAAUGUUCAAUCUGCCAUAAAGGGUUUAUUAGGAAGGGAAUCUUGAAUAACCAUGAAAGAACCCAUUCAGGUGAAAGACCCUAUAAAUGUUCAAUCUGCCAUAAAGGGUUUAUUAGGAAGGCAAUCUUGAAUGACCAUAAGAGAACCCAUUCAGGUGAAAGACCCUAUAAAUGUUCAAUCUGUCAUAAAGAGUUCGCUCAUAAGCCAUAUUUGAUUAUACAUGAGAGAAUCCAUUCAGGUGAAAGACCCUAUAAAUGUUCAAUCUGCCAUGAAGGGUUUAUUAGGAAGGCAAUCUUGAAUGAACAUGAGAGAACCCAUUCAGGUGAAAGACCCUAUAAAUGUUCAAUCUGCCAUAAAGGGUUUAUUAAGAAGGCAAUCUUGAAUAACCAUGAGAGAACUCAUUCAGGUGAAAGACCCUUUAAAUGUUCAAUCUGCCAUAAAGGGUUUAUUAGGAAGGCAAUCUUGAAUGAUCAUGAGAGAACCCAUUCAGGCGAAAGACCCUAUAAAUGUUCAGUCUGCAAUAAAGUAUUCUCUCAAAAGGGACAUUUGAAUGUACAUGAAAGAAGCCAUUCGGGAGAAAAACGCCAUAAGUGUUCAAUCUGUCAUAAAGAGUUCACUCAAAAGUCAAAUUUUAUUAUACAUGAAAGAACCCAUUCAGGAGAAAAACCCUAUAAAUGUUCAGUCUGCAAUAAAGCAUUCACACGAAAGAAUAGUUUAAAUAUACAUAAGAGGAAAACUCAUUCAUGAAAAAUACCAUAAAUGUUGUUUCUCUCCCCAAUAUCAAUAAAUAUGGUGUUGCUGGUUCAUGUGAUGCUCAUGCAUGCCAUAACUAGACCACUGAUGAUUUAAAACCUAGCACAAAUAUGUUGAGUUUACCAGGGUUGGUUGUAGGUUUUUACUUUCCUUGCCCUAUCACCAUGGGUAAGGAAAGUAUUGCUUUCCGAAAAAAAUUAAGGUACCCCAAUUUCUAAAUUUCUAUACGUUUCAAGGUCCCCUGAGUCCAAAAAAGUGGUUUUUGGGUAUUGGUCUGUAUGUGUGUGUGUGUGUGUGUGUGUGUGUGUGUGUGUGUGUGUGUGUGUAUGAGUGUAUGUGUGUCUGUGUACACGAUAUCUCAUCUCCCAAUUAACGGAAUGACUUGAAAUUUGGAACUUAAGGUCCUUACAAUAUAAGGAUCCGACACGAACAAUUUCGAUCAAAUGCAAUUCAAGAUGGCGGCUGAAAUGGCGAAAAUGUUGUAAAAAACAGGGUUUUUCGCGAUUUUCUCAAAAACGGCUCCAACGAUUUCGAUUAAAAUUAUACCAAAAAUAGUAAUUGAUAAGCUCUAUCAACUGCCACAAGUCUCAUAUCUGUAAAAAUUUCAGAAGCUCCGCCCCAUCUAUGCAAAGUUCGAUUUUAGAUUCCCAAUUAUCAGGCUUCAGAUAAAAUUUGAACAAAAACUUUUGAGUGGAAAAGAUUAAGCAUGAAAAUCUCUACAAUUAAUGUCCAGUAACAUUUUCACCUAAAAUUGAAAAUAAGCACGAAAUUCGAGAAAAUGUUAUUAUUUCAAUUGCAAACUGUUGGCAAUUGUUGAUUCUAUUAAAUGAUUCACUAUGAAGAGAUAGCAGACCUCGUAUGUCUCCAGUGUUAUUGUCCUGUCACCAGCUGGCUCAGAUCUUUGUUUAUAAAUAGACUUAAGAUGCGCGUGCACACUAGUGUCAGGUGAUCAAUUUUCAUAACGGCAAGGAAAGUUGUGUGAGUGCGCCACACCAGAUUUUUUAAUAUUAAUGUUUUUAUUCUCUCCCCAAUUUACAGUACCUAUGCUAUUUGUGAAUCUCAAGAAAAGUUUAAAAAUGCUCUUAUUUAGGUAGGCACUUUUUAAAAACAGGUGCUGUUCAACAGAAUAGAAAAUAAUGAGAGAAAAAACCAUAAAACUCUAAUGAAUUUGCUCAACAUGAAUAUUACUGUAUGUCUCAAAUCCUAUUUAAUAAACUAGUGACCCCUUUGGUUGGAGCACCCGCUCAUGAACUGUUGUAUUGUCAUCUUUGGAAUCUGCAACUUUUAAUUAUACAGAGUUGUUGAAAUUUAUGAAAACCGCUAAAUAUUUAUUUUGCAAGGAUAAUAAAUUUGACAGUAGGUUUCAUUGGGGAUCCUAUUCGAAAUAUAAAAAAAACACUCUCCUGUUGCUUCAAAAUUUCUGUCUGUCAUAUGAAUCAAACUCUAUUUUCUUAAAUGAGAUUGUGAUCAUGUGAUAGUGAUACACAAAUAAAGUCAUGAU